AUGCACCCAGCUGUUUUGGAGGACGGCUGGAUAUUAAACGACUUUAGUGAUUGGGAGGAGGACCCCAUUGAUUGGGUACCUUCAGAUCCCGAUGACCCUUCCACCAAGCGCCCUAAAGCCAACGACGACGACGGCAUUGGCAUCCCUCCCGCUGGUUGGAUACCUGACUCCCUUGAUAACCGUGACUACCUCUAUGUCCCUCUUGCAAAAAACUUUUUGAAACCCCUGGUUGAUCUACGCACCAGCCCAUAUUUUGGCCCCGUUUUCGACCAAGGCACGGUCGUCGGAAGCUGCACGGCCAAUGCAAUUGCUUCUGCUUUCGCCAUGGUGCUCAAGAAACACAAACAAGACGUUUAUGACUCCUUCGUCCCCUCCCGACUCUUUAUCUGGUACAACGAACGGGAGACACUAUCAAGGGACCGGGUCAGGAUAAACAGCGGAGCUCGCUUGCGCGAUGGGCUAAAGAGCAUUGCAGUCCAGGGUGUGUGCUCUGAGGAGGACUGGCCAUAUGAGCCAUGUGGCGUUUACGAUGAGAGCACCGGCAUCUUCGUCGAUGGUGCACGGGCUGCUACGAAGCCCCCUGCCUCGGCCUACAGGAAUGCUCUCAAACACGAGGCUAUCCAGUACUUGAGGAUUGAGCACGAUCUCAAGCUCCUGCGCGCCUGUCUCAAUGAGGGAUACCCGUUUGUGUUUGGCCUUAGGCUUCACGGGUCUAUGGAAGCGAUUCCUAACUCUGAGGAUGAGUUUUUGCCGAUCGGCCUUGCGGUCGUGGCGGUCGGGUACGAUGACUCCAAGGGCCACUUUAUAGUUCAACGUUCAUGGGGUGCUAAGUGGCGCGAUGAUGGGUAUUUCAGGAUCCCGUAUGAUUACCUUCUCCAGGAGCACGAGUGCAACGACUUUUGGACUAUCCGUAUCUUGACUUAAUCUUGGAAGCCGUCAGCAGUAAGUCUUGUUCAGUACCCCUCAUCAGAUAUUGGUGCAUCACACACAGUGUUGGAAUGGC